AUGGACACCACAGUGACUUUCCUGAUCUCCACUGGACUGUGCCUGAACUGGGAGUCUACAGCAGAGAUGGAUGCCCUUUUCAGGCCGACCCUUUGGGCUGACCCAAGUCCUGUGGUACUGGAGGGAGGGAAUGUGAUCCUCAGGUGCCAGGGCCGACUGGGGAAUGACAGAUUCAAGCUCUGGAAGGAUGGACAGCUCAGAGAGGAGAGAAAUGGCUGGUGGUCACAGGCAGACUUUGUGCUCAGGAAAGUGAACUUCUUCAAUGAUGCAAGAAGCUACAGGUGCCGCUCUGGGCAGGGAUCCUUGUGGUCAGAGCUCAGUGACCCCCUGAUCCUUGUGGUGACAGCAGGCCUCCCCACACCCAGCAUUUCAUCUUCACAUGGCUUCCCAGUAGCUCCAGCAACAACAGUGACCAUCUGGUGCCAAAUACCAUCACCGUCACCCUCUCACGACUACACUUUUGCCCUCCUGGAGGCAAAGAGCCUGGAGCCCUUGCAGCUGCGAAGUCCUACAGAGAGCUAAGCUGCUUUCUCACUUCCAUCUGUGAAGGCUGAGGACACUGGGAGCUACAGCUGUAUUUACUACAGGAAGACACCCCCCUACAAAGGGUUGAAUCCCAGCCAUCUCCUGGAGCUGACUGUGUCUGGACCACUCCCCAAGCCUACUCUCUGGGCCAAAGCUGACCUUGUGGUGGCCCCAGGGACCAGCAGCACUCUGUGGUGCUCAAGACCCAGGCUGUCUUCUCUUAAGGAAGUGACUUUCACUCUGUGGAAGGCUGGGACCCCAGGGCCCUUACAGCAGCAGCCCUCAGCAGAUCUCUGGACUGACUUCUUCCUCCCCUCGGUGACACCCAGGGACACUGGGAGCUACAGCUGUACUUACAAGAACGGGACAGGCUCUGGUAGAGAAUCAGUGCCCAGUGAUGCCCUGGAGCUGGUGGUGCCAGGAUCUCUGCCCAAGCCUUCCCUUUCAGCCCUCCCAGACCUGGUGGUGGAGCCUGGGCAGCAUGUGACUCUCCAGUGCAGGAAGCCCCCUCGGUCAGCACUCUGGAGAGUGACAUUCACCCUGCUGAAAGUGGGCAGCCCUCAGCCCCUGCAGAGCCAGAGCCCAGCUGGGACCUCUGCUGUCUUCUCUGUCCUAUCUGUGAAGGCCCAGGAUGCUGGCAACUACACCUGUGUCUACUAUGAAAUUCCAUUCCAGGUGUCUGAGCCCAGUGAGGUCCUAGAAAUCUGGGUGACUGAUGCACUCUCCAAACCCUCCCUCUCAGCCUGGCCUGGCCUAGAGGUGGCCUCUGGGACCAAUGUGACCUUCAUCUGCUGGGGACCCUCAUGGACUACUAGAUUUGUCAUAUACAAGGAGGGUGUUGAGAGAAUACUACCCAGCAUGAAAACCCAUGAAGAUCAGGUCCAAUUCUUCCUGACUCAUGUCACCCCUAAGGACUCUGGAAAUUAUACCUGCAGUUACCAGAUUUGCACCAGUAGAAGUACGUGGAAACAACCUAGUAAUCCCCUGGAGCUUCUAGUAAGAGUCGAGGCGGGGACAGAACUGAAGACCCACCAUGGACUCCAUACUCACUUUGCUGCUCUACAUCGGGCUUUGUCUGCACUGCGAGAAAUCUUCCCAAGACCCACCCUCUGGGCUUUUCCAAGUCCCGUGGUCUCCAAGGGAGCAGAUGUGACCCUGAGGUGCCAGGGCCGACUAGGGAGUGACACGUUCCAGCUCUGGAGGGAUGAAGAGCUCAGAGAGGAGAGAAAUGACUCGUGGUCACAGGCAGACUUUGUGCUCAGGAAAGUAGAUGACUGGAGAGAUGCCAGAAGCUACAGGUGCCGCUCUGGAAAGGGGCCCUUGUGGUCAGAGUACAGUGAAUCCCUGACCCUGAUGGUGACAGGAGUCCUCCCCAAACCCAACAUGGGAGCCUCACCUGGACCCUUGAUAUCUCCAGGGAAAACAGUGACCAUCUGGUGCCAAAUGCCCCAACAGUCCCCCACUCAGGACUACAGUUUUGCUCUGCUGGAUGCAAAGAGCCUGGAGCCCUUACUGCUACAGAUCUCUGCAGGGCCCAGGACUCAAUUUUCACUUCCAUCUGUGGGGAUCGAGGACACUGGGAGCUACAGCUGUAUUUACUACCAGAAGACACCACCACACAGAGCAUCCCAUCUUAGCCCAGCCGUGGAGCUGACUGUGCUUGGUGACUAGUCAUGGGAAU